AUGUCAACCAAGAUCCUUGCCGUAACCGGCGCCACAGGCAUCCAAGGUGGAGGCGUCAUCAACGUCAUGAAGAACGCAUCCAACUGGAGAGUUCGUGCCAUUACACGAAACCCCAAGAGUGACGCAGCAAAAAAACUUGCUAGCGAGGGUAUCGAGGUAGUUCAGGCCAGCUUCGAUGACGAAGAGUCUCUCGUCAAGGCGUUCGAGGGCGUUUCCGCGAUCUAUGCAGUCACAAACUGGUGGGAGCAUCUCUUUAGUGGCAAGACGCAGGAUGAGGCCGGAAUACUCGAGGAAGAACAGGGCAUGAAAAUAGCCAGGGCUGCUGCCAGAACGCCCUCUCUUGAGCACUAUCUUUGGUCCACCACACCCAGCGCAAAGCGCGUUUUCAAGGGCGAACUGGUGACGCCGCAUAUGGACUACAAGGCCAAUGUCGAUGAGCGGAUUCAAAAGGAGCUCCCUGGGCUUGCGGCGAAAACUACUUACCUCUACUUUGGUUAUUAUCCACAGAACCUUGUCUGGUAUCCCAUGCUCAAGCCCACUGAGUUUCCUCCUGGAUCUGGUACCUACGUCCAGAUUAUUCCGUCGCGCCCAGAUGCGAAGGUCCUGCUGUCAGGUGACAUGACCGUGACGCCUGGCCUUUGGACAAGACAGGUCCUGGCCAAGGGUGCCGCGACUUUUGGAAAGUACACCAACGUCGCUUUGGAGAAGUGGACAUUCCAACAAAUGAACGAAGUCUGGGGCGAGAUCACCGGGAAGCGUGCUGUCUACGUGCCGUGCUCCGCUGAGUCCUGGGAGACGCUUUGGGGUCCCACGGGCAAGGAGCUAGCUUUGCAAUUCAAGUUCGGGGAAAUGUGCGACCCCUGGGAGGAGAAGGACGGUCUAUUUCUGGGCCCCUCAGACUUGGAUAUCAAUCCAAUGGAGGUUCCCGGCUUCAGAGAAACCAUCACUGGGCUCAAGCACAUGUUCGUAAACUGA